CCUAUCUCCUUUCUCCUUUUCUUUUUUUUGGCAUCUUUACUCUAAUUUUUUUACCGUUAUAAACUUUUUCUCAGCAGUGAUGGUUGACACUACAUUUCCUGACUCUGCUGGUAUUAAGCGAUCGCGAAAACCAAAGCCCUUGUUUAACAUAUUUCGAAAAAAUAAGCAACAGAACGUGCCUUUGCAUAUAGAUCCUCUUGGUUCCGGUGUCACGAUACCACUCGAGUCUACACUUGUUGCCUCAGCACCUUCUGCCCAUCAUGCUUCUCGAAUAAUGCCACCUCUAGAAAUUCAUACGAAAAUAGAGAAUGGAUCGAAUUCACAACCUACUAAAGUACGCCGAAGACAUCGUUCAAAAUCCGUCGAUCCUUCCAUUUGCAAAGAAAUACCGAAUCCUAACAGCCUCACGGCAAGAGAAGAAUCAUUCAACAAGCUGUGUGGUCGCGCACCUACUACAUCACUAUCAGCAGAGGACUCCAUUCUGCUUUCCCCAGUUCGUGCAUUUCAUCGUCCACCUGUACCCCCAAUCCCUUCCCAGUAUCAUCAUCACAACUCACCGGAUGGUUCUUCCCCAGUUUUUCCCGAAUCAAACGGUAGUAUAGGCAAUUCUUAUCAAGGAAUUCGAAAUUUGCGCAAAUUCUCUUCCGCGCACGAUCUACGAAAAGCCGCAAAAUUAGAACAAGAGAAUAUACAUGCUACUGCAAGGCAUAUGCCUAUGCCUAUGCCAAAAACGGAUCUGUCUCGGUCACGCUCCGUCAACGUACCAAAGCACAUUCACCCAUCACGAUCGCAGACUCGUUCACCUGCACCUCCUGUACCUCAUCAUCGAAUGGAAUAUUCACCCGUAUCACAGUCUGCAAACGUAAAAGGCCGUUCCCGCUCAAAAUCGUUUGGUGUAUCGCGCGACGCAACCUCCUUUCGCCACAACGUCAGCCCCCCACUACCUACACAGAAUAUAUAUCCGCACAACAAUAUUGAUGACGACGACGUACCUUUAGCGGCAGCAGUCAUGAUACCUUCGGACAUACAGAUGACGUCCCCCAAACGCACCCCUCUCCAUCUGGUGCAGCCUUCUUCUUUAUUAAUUGACGAACAAGAAGAAGAUGAUAAGGAUUUAGUACCAAUAGCUAUGCUAAAAACGGCUGAUCCAAGCAAACAGAUACAGACCGCGGUGGACGAAUAUCUGACUGCAGCAGAUAAAUAUAAAGAGAAAGUCAAAGAACGCUUGCAUCUCACCUCUGAAAAUGGAACAGAGAAUAACAUUGACGACGAUGACAUACCAAUAUCAUCGCUUCCUUUUAUCCGGCAAAUGACUGGCUUUGACUGCGAAGAGACAUGUCUGAAACAAUAAUCACUUGGUCGAUACAAUUGCGUCUCACAAGCAUUAGGCAAUGAAUUCCUGUUAAUCAUGCUUUAUUUAAUUUGAUCCUAGCAAUAAAAGCUAUGAUCAGUGAUCCAUUCAGAACAAUUACACUGCAUAUAUAGAUUCUUUGCAUGUUUAUCAAUAAAUAUUAAACCGAUUGUUG